GGGUGUCUUGAUUUUUAUUCAAACAACAAUCUUUAUAGUUGACACUCGCUAAUGAUGGGUGGUAAACGCCCAAUUUGGCAAUUCCGGUUGAAGUCCUUCUGAAUCUCAAGUUAAGAAUCGGACUCCGAAAUUCCAAUGGAGAACUUGCGUCUUAGAUGGUCUUUUGUGCUGUUGAGAUUUACUAUCAACAUAUUAUAUACUUUUAAAUGGAGUUACUUCAAUUUCUCCAUCUAAUUUUGAGGCACAAAAUGCCAGAAAAGCUAAAAACUUCUAAUGUUUGUGAGCACUUUGUUUUAAAGUUCCAAAGUAAAGUCAAGGGCUACUGCAACAUCACAGGAAGUGUUUUAGGGGAAAAACAUGUUUCUGUUGGACUUGAUCAAACAAGUGGCACUGCUACCUCGCUUUUGCCAUAACCUAAGCAGCUGAAAUUAACGUCUUAUUUUCCAACUCCGGUCACACCUGCGAAAUUCAAGAAGAUCACUGAACUGAGUUUGAAUAGGCCUACUAUAGAAAAUAAUUUGGGACCGAUUGGUUAAGUGGAGUGGGAAAACUAAACAAAAAAAUUAAUAAGAAGUUAGCAGCCAGAUACGAAAUUCCAAGUUGCCGAACACUGACAAGAAAUACCAAAGGGAAUGUUUUAAACUGUGAAAAUCAUAUAGGGAAAGAAAAUGUAAAAUAUGCAGCAUUAACAACAGAUCUAUGGUGCAAUGCAAAAAUGUAACCUUUACUUGGCAUGACUCUUCACAAUAUGAGUGGAAUAAUGUUUCCACAAGAUGAAAUUCUACAUGCAAUAUGCUGCUGACGUGCUGAGACUCUGCUGCUUGCAAGCGUGUGUUCAUCAAGUGCUCUGCAAUGGGCUCAUUGUGGAACUGAUAUCAACGUCUCCUUUGGAGUUGAGAGACAUCCACUUUGCACUAACUCAAAAUCUUGUAAAAAUGCUGAAACCUAUUGAGAUCGGAACAGAUUACCUAGGAGGUGAGAAGUAUGUCUCAAUAAGUGGCGUAAUACCAUUUUUCAAAGUAUUAUCCCAGACAUGUCUUGCGAAGAAGAUUCACAAAGUUUGGCAUUAUUCAAAACAAGACCAAGAUUUUGACCCAGAUUUAAUAGAGAUUUGGGUUUGUUUUCGACCAAAACUAACCUCAUAUGACAUGAGCAUUACGACUUGGCUGAACCCAAGCUACAAGAUGUGCUAUUUCAAAAAAUUAGCUUCUAUUCGAGUACCAAGUUUCAUUGUAAAAAAAUACCUUUUACUGCUUCAAUUUUUAGUUCUUAUUUUUAAUAGAUAAAAGGCAAUGUGGUAUCAGAAAUGAUCUCCAUUAAGCAACAGCAGUCGAAAGCUUAUGAUGAAUGUUUCGGCAAGAAUAUCAACAAUUGUCUUGAAUGGCAUCACGAGUUUGCCAAAAAAAAUCAUUGGUUGACCUAUGAGUCGUGGCGAUGAAAGCAGAGACACAAAUGAACGAAAUGAUGAUGAAAUUGCUAGUGUUUCGAAAAAAAAAAAAAGCAUCUUAUUUAAAAACAAAAAUUAAACCCAACAACUUAGAUACUUGGAAUGGGGGAAGAGUAAUGCUGCUAUUACACCUGUUCGAAAAAAUCGCAUUGAACUGAUUGAGGUACUCACGUAUACCUGCUACAUCAGCAUCCUCUGAACGAUGCAGGAUUGACUGCUACUAAAUUAAGAUCACGCCUAACUGGAAAACAUGUAGAGAGUUUAAAUGUUUUUCUAAAAAAAAUUUUGUAUGCGAAUUUCUCAAUUUUAUUUUAAUUUUUACCAUUUCGUCCAAUUUUAAAAGGUUUCACAUUGCAAUAAAAAAGUUUUAAAAUUCAGAUUACUGGUGUAUGUCCUUGAUUUAAUCUGUUACAAACUAUUAUAAUUUUACAUUUUUCGAUGUUCGAAAUUUAGGUCGCGCCUCAAAAAGUAAGAACUACUAUACUAUGGUAUAUUGAUAUGUAACCAUUGAGGACCACACAAUGACUUGUUAAAGCAUUGCAAUGUUGAUAAUGCAACAAUGCUGCUACAAUAACUUAAUUAACAGCAGCAGCAAGUUUCUCAUUAAUGCAGACAUUGAAUCGAUUAUAUAUGACCCACUUCCCAAUGUUCCUUUUCGAACAAAAAAAUAUAAUUGUUGACCCAUUCACUGAAAAAGGUUUGCCAUCCCUGCUGUAACGUUGCCAACAUCUGGUGACUUUACUAUUGAUUGGUCUAAAAAUUUUGAUACAAAAUCAUUAAUGCUACAAUAUCCACUACUAUUAGUAGUACAAUGUUAAGAAGAAUUUGUCUUAGCAUAACCAACAAGCUCAAUCUGGGUUGAAAAUCACUAGUCUGUAUUGAUUAUAAUUUAUAUUUCAUGUCUUUUUUUU